AUGAGCAAACAAGAGUUCGCCUGCGGCGUCGUCUCCACCAGGCGUUGGCAGUUUAGCCGAACUCCGCGUGCGUUUGCAGCAUCUGUACUGCAGCAUCUGCAGCAGCAGCUACAGCAGCAGCUGAAGCACCAACUACAGCAACAGGAACAGCAGAAUGCACCGCAAGGAGAAAAGUUGCGAUUCGUAACGAGUGGCUUUAUGCGCUUGUUGGUAAUGCGGCGUUCUCCGGCCUCUGGGAUUCUCUGUCGCAUUGCUGAGGCGCCGAUGCGUAAUGCAGCCAUAGCAGCAGAAUCGCAGUUGUUCAGGUGGCCUGGCGUUAAGGAGUUGCUGAAUAGCUUCAACACCAACAAUGCUGUUUGUCGCAUUGCUGAGGCGCCGAUGCGUAAUGCAGCCAUAGCAGCAGAAUCGCAGUUGUUCAGGUGGCCUGGCGUUAAGGAGUUGCUGAAUAGCUUCAACACCAACAAUGCUGUUCUUGAUUCCUCUCCCUGGAAGCGGGAACAAGAAAAGAGACAAAAAAAGAAGAAAGCUGGCGUUGACCUGGGGGCACGCAGACAAGGCUUAAUGCGCAUCGUGGAGUGGGGAGACAACGGGAACCCGUGGAAUUGUAGAGGCCUUGUAGAACAAGAAGUGUUUGUUCAGGAAGGCGACUUCUUUGUUAUUGCAGAUGAAA